CCCUUCUCCCAACAACAACGGUCUGCCGCUGCGGAGCCUCCUGAGGACGGAACUGCGGUUCAGGUGCACCGCUGUGAUUUAAAUAACAACUCAAGUUUAUUUUAGCGCUGCGAGAAGAGAAGGAGACGAGGAGAGAUUAGCACAGUGCUGAAAGACAGCUCUCUGAUUUGUCGACAAGUGUUUAUCCGCUGAAGGGAGCUCGCCAUUGUUUUAUCUGUGAUGGGAUUCCUUCAGGAGCAACCUGCCGCCUGACGUUAACUCCCCUGCUGGAGAGUUAAUCUCCAAUCUACCUUGCAUCAGAUACUUGGCUAUCCGGUCUAACCUUUGCAGUAAACUACUGGAAACAUACUUUCUUCAGAGGUCGGGAUGGACCUUAAAGCAGUGACUUUUUGCAGAUUCCAGUCGCCAGCUUUGAGAACUUAAUGACUUUUCUGGGUUAAAACCUUGAAGAUUCAUCAGAUUAACUACACAGCUGUUAACCUGCGAAAUCUUCACGAAAAGUAAUGGAGACGGAGGAGAAAGAGGAUGUAUCACAAAAACAAGCUUCAAGUACAAAAGAAGUGGAAGAAGAUGCAGCAGCGUGCCACACAUGUGGAGUGUGUGGUCGUAGUUUUCCUCUGCUCAGCUCUCUCUCUCAGCACAUGAGAAGACACACACGGGAGAAGCCGUAUAAGUGUCCCUACUGUGAACACCGGACAGCUCAGAAAGGCAGCCUGAAGGCUCACAUCCGAAGCCAUAAACUGGGCCUCCUCAGCAAAAACCCUGGAGACAAUGAGGAGGAAGAUGAUCAGGACCAGAAGGAUGAGCCUGAUGUUCUUGACGUCCCUGAAGUCAUCAGCACAUCUGACAAAGCUCAUCACAUCAAUGGGAAGGUGAAGAAGAAAGUAACAAAGAAAAAAGUCAAAAGUAAAAAUGGGGUUGAGUUUGGAGACGGGCCGUUCUCCUGCAUCAUUUGCGGCCAAGUUUUCCCUCAGGUAUUGCUCCUUAAAUCCCACAUUAAGCUGCACCACAGUUCCCACGAUCACGGAUGCCGCAUUUGUGGACGACGCUUCCGCCAAGCAUGGUUCCUCCAAAGCCACAUGCGCAUUCAUCGGGUCAAAGCACAGCUUCAAGGCAGUAAAAGCAAUGAGCUGCCUGCCACGAUCAAUGGGACUCCUCAGGACCCAGCGUCACUGACAAACGAAGAGUGCCUCUACGAGCUCUGCGCUGGCUGCGGUAACUUCUUCAAAGACCGCACCACAUUGCGGGCUCACGAAAAGUUGCAUAAACUGAACCCAAAUCCAAAAAGUGAAGACCUGAUGCCCUCUGAGUUGCAAGUUGAUAAGAAGCACUUUUUGGAACUCCUGAGCCUCAAAAGUGUUAACUCUAAAGAACCACCUGAGGUAAAAUUUCAGGGUAGAAGAAUUCAAGAGCUAGACCCAGUUUGUAGUUACCAAGCCUGGCAGCUAGCUACAAGGGGACGACUAGUGGAGUCCUCUGAAAAAUGUCUGGGCUGGGAGGAGAGGCUGGCUGAUGCAGAAGUGGCAUAUGACACAGAGAAAGGAGAAUACGUACCCCUGAAGCAGGAAAAGAAGAGGAAACAAACUGACAGCUCCAACUCUAGUGUCAAGAAGAAGAAGGGUGAUACAGCUGACGAUCACGCACUGAACUCUCCGAAUCACGGCAGAAGUGGAGACAAAAAAUUUUUCCAAAAAGACCGUAUCAUUUUGAAUGGUCUUGGUCAAGCGUUUUAUGAGGCACUGCAGACAAAGAAGGUCAGAGAACUCUCAUCUAAGCAGAGUAAGAACAUCAGGAGCCAAGAGCACGGAGAUAAAAAGUCAUACUCCUGUGAGUACUGUGAUUUCCAAACUGUUGAGUCCUCGCUGCUCAGGUCCCACCUAUACAGCCAUCGCCUCGGCCCCUGCAGCAAACAGAGCACCACUGCUGGCAACAUCAGUAAAAGUGGUUCUUCGAGAUAUAUGGACUACCUCAGGAGCAGGAGUGUGUUGCUCAGUCAGCCAUAUUGGAAUCAGUACACAUAUCCUCCUGGUCAAGAGUUUGCAGAGGGAAGCAUUAAGAUGGAAAACUCGAGUGUGAUUGAGAUGAAAGAGGAGGUACACAUUGGUGGUGAAAAUUUCAGUCUUCUUAAUCUUUCUUCAUCCUCUGUUGCUGUUGAAAAUUCAAAUGAUCUGGUAAAAACUGAGGGCCUGGUGCAACAUCAGUGUCUAUACUGUUCGCACACUAGCAAUUACCCAGAAGUCCUGUGGAUUCAUCAGCGUGUCACCCACAGGGUGGAUGGCAGCAGCUCUGUAGCACCAAAGUGGGCACCCUGCAUUAGCAUUUUAAAGAGUUUGAAAGCGGGGUCUUCUCAUUGGAGGCGCACAGGACCUCCACCGUUCCUUGAAGGCAAGGACUGCCCAGCUUUACCCACUCCACGAACACAGCGUACACAACCUCCGGGUAUCACAGCCCAAACCAGCAGCAAGGUCUCAACCUCAAAAAUCCAGUCAAGCAUCACAAGGCCCAAGCAUCACCCGAAGGAUUCGCAUUCCUCAGAUGCAACACAUUCUCGUGGGAAGGUUGUGUUCCAACCUCAAAGGAAGUCUGGUGAACAUAAACGAGUCGUAGAUAGUGUAAGUAAAGCCUCCAUUGCCCAGGUUACUUCAAUAAACAGUUCUGUGCACACCAAGAGUCUCUCAAACUUCCAGACUUCAAGCAGCCCCAAACACAGAGGCAACAGAGCUGCUGUGGAGGGUGUCUUCCCCCAGGAGGGUUUGGGGUUCAUGUUAGCAAGAAAUCAAAGUGGGACUUCUUCUAACACAGCAGCAGACAGAACCCACUCCCGAAGGCAAUCAUGGGACUUUUCCUCUGGUCUUAAAGGCCCUGAUCUUUGGGCAGCCAUGAACAUGUGGGGGCUACAUGGUGGGAAAGCAUAUUUAGAACAACACCUUUUUGCUCAGGGAAAGAGUGACUCAGCAGGAGACACCCCUAAGGAGAUGGACCUUUUAAGUCUUUUGAAGAGCUACAGUCCCCAUGAGCUGGCAGCUCUUUAUCAGCACUGGGGAUAUGUCGAUCCAAGACUGGAUCCACAAGCAACACUGCAAUUGAAUGGAAGUUUUGGGAAUGAAGUUCAUUCUUCCACUGAAUCUUCCAAACAGAAGAGCAGCCGCUCCACUCCAUCUUCAGGAUCUCUGCAUAAAGGAACGUGAGGCGCUGCUGCUGCUGCUGCUGCUGAUCUCCGCUGCCACCAUCCUACCUGCUGAAUAAAAACACACGUUGUUCUUUGAAGGAAGCAGCCAAAAACGCAGAGGCAACAGUGAAAAAUGCACAAUUUAUCGGAAGCAAUGAGGUCAACUCUUUACUUUGCAACAUGAUUAUUUUAUUUGAGGUCUUCCGCAUGUUUUCUUUGCUCGGUAAACCUUUAGAUGAUGAUAGCUGACGUGCACGCACGGUGAGGUGUUUGGAAACUUUGUAGAGAUAAUGCUCCAGUCCAGAUGGAAAUAAAAGUGUGUUGCUUCAGUCGCGUAGCUACAUAGAAGAUGUCUUUAGUUGUAGUGAUACUGUAAAAACGGAUCCGUUAAAACAACAGGAAAGGCGUAACACCAUGAAAGCAUUGAAAAACACUCUUGCUGCAAAAAUGCAACGUUAUUCACUGUAUAUCACCGUCAUGUUUCAGUUUGUUGUUUCAACUCCUGUAAAUGUUUUUGUUUUUAAUAUGAUUGUUAUCUUUGCUACGUUUGUUAUUGUUACCACAUUCAGAAUUACAGAUAAACUAACAUCACUUCAGAUUUGAACCUAACCAAUAAACUCUGACAUGAGAGGAGGGGUGUACAGCUCAAUGUGCCAGUUUAUGAUUCACUUUUAUAUGAGGUGUAGUUGUGGUACUGUAUGGUUUCUGUGUGAAAAAAAAUAUAUUUUUAGUUUCAUUUCAGAUAGGUAAGUGGUCUCUUUUCAGUCAUUAAUUAGGAAGAAACCCAUUAUAAACAAUGUGUUGAACUAUUUUCUAAUAUUAGCUCACAGUCUCACUGGAUAACGGAGUGGAACAAGCUGAAAGCUUUUUUUUUUUAGACCCAGUCGGUUUAGAUUGUACCCAUAAAUUGUUGCCCAUCAUACAGCUAGUCUGUAGCGUCCAAAAAGGUGCCCGCCGUUAUACGUUCAGAUUUAAAUUACAAAUGCAGUAUUUGCCUCUGUGCUUCAGUUAGAUUUAUUCUGUGAACAUCUGGUAGUCUUUCAUACUUUGUAUGUGACGUAGCGACUGAAUGCUGUGAUUUUGUUUCUUCUAGAAGUAAAAAUGGUAGUGAAAAACAGUUUGUACUGAUGUGGCUCCUACAAGCCCCCCACCCCGGCUUGUCAAGCCUCUGAAAAAAAAAAAAAAAAGUAUGGUUUGUAUUCAUUUUUAAUAAUUCACUUUACUCUCCUUUUGUGUUCCAUGUGUACUCUGUUUGCUGGUUUCUUCUAGUAUGUUUACAUUUUUAGUACAUCUCAUUUAUCUUCUCCCUUAGAUAAAAUGUCUAUGCAUUUGACAUAAAGCCAUAAGCGUAUGAUUGUUGGGAGAUCCAAAGAGCACACAACUAUUACAAUGAGUGUUAGCAGAAAAUAUAUUCUCCUUGUCGAUAAAUAUUGUAAAUGGACUUUUACUUCAGGGGCUCUUUCUUUUCUAAAAGUGAUAUUCAAGGACCCAUAGAUACUCGAUAUUUGUAGAGAGAAAACACAAAUUGUGGAGGGCCGCUCUCUCUGAAACAACAGGAAACGGUGAGCCACUGUUUUUCAUACAAACCCCAAACUUUUUGCAAACAUCAAGCUUUAAAUUGAGCUCCGAGUGGUUUCAUUUUUGUGACUGUAAACAUGUUUCGUAGGUAAUUAUGUUGGUAUCAGAAGGAAUAUUUUCAACAGCUUCAGUGUGUUUGUAAAAUUAUUUGAAUAAAGUUAAUGUUGAUUUAUAUA